GAUAUCACGAAAAACCCGUUUGGAUCAACCAACUCUCUCGACACGAACCCUUUUGACGACCCUUUCGCCGAACCUUCUUCGACGUAUGCCCAAGAACAACACGCUGCUCGUGCAGUCGAACUCAAUCAGCGAGAGAGAGACCUCGAACGAAGGGAGCAAGAGCUAAACAGCAAAGCCGAAAAUAUCAGAAAGCAUGGUCGUAGUAACUGGCCUCCAUUUUUUCCCCUCAUCUACCAUUCAAUAGCAGAUGAGAUUCCUGAAGCAUCUAGACCUCUCAUGUCACGACUCUACCUCCUUUGGCUCGUCCUCGCGGCAACUUUGGUCAUCAACAUGGUGGCAUGUAUUUUUGUUCUCACAGCUGGUUCGUCUGAUGGAGGAAAGGACCUUGGGGCAAGUAUCGGAUAUAUUCCCAUCAUUGGGGGUCUAUCGUUUCUUCUUUGGUAUAGACCCAUCUAUAAUGGCUACAUGAAGGAACAAGCCUUGUACUACUAUCUCUACUUUUUCUUUGGCGGGUUCCAUCUAUUAUUCUCCAUCUAUAUGAUUAUCGGCAUUCCUAGCACUGGUUCCGCCGGGCUGAUCCAAACAGUCUCAAUGUAUUCACGAGGCGCGUUGGCAGCAGGAAUUCUUGGCACAAUCACCACUGUAGGUUGGACGUUACAAGGCGUUGGAAACGCCUUCUAUUAUUGGCAGAUCUGGCAGCAUCAUACUGCAGCUGGCCACAGUGCGAAGUCCGAGCUGGCCACUCAUGGUGCAAAGGCAUACUUCACGCGCGGUUGA